AUGGCUGCUGGAGGCCGAACUUGUAUCUUCAUCUUUGUGUUUGAACACAAAGUGUGUAGCUCAAUGAGCCACAUCCCGGGCCCUACUCUUGCUAUCUCAGCUAGCAAAGAAAAUGGGGGCGGACUGGGAACAAAGAAGACAGGCAUAUAUACUAGGGGACCGGAUGGUCAUGCCAACCUCCCAUACCCGAUAUAUGCUGAGAUUCCUCCAUGCAUUGACCCAUUUGAGCAAAAACAAGAUGAAGACCCUAUUAGACAGAGAAAACACCUGGACAGUGCUGCUGAACCAGGAUCAGGUACUCCAGCAGGUAACUUCUACCUGCCCAGCCUGUGCUCAAGUCAACGCAGGAAAGGUUCAUCUAAACAAGGGGGCCCGCCAAAGAGGCCAUCGUCCUGGUGUUCAUUGGGAAAUAGACUUUACAGAAGUAAAACCUGGACUCUAUGGGUACCGGUACCUCCUGGUCUUCGUGGACACUUCGUGGACACUUUUCCCGGAUGGAUCGAGGCAUUCCCAACCAAGAAUGAGACGGCUAACGUGGUAACAAAGAAACUGUUGGAAGAAAUCUUCCCCAGAGGCACAUCUUCAAGCCCUUCAACUGGUGCAGAGGGAGAUCUGGAAGCCCCUGGCCAAAGCUUAUCAGGAGCAGCUAGACAAGCUGGUCGUGCCCCACCCCUUCCAGAUCGGGGACUCCGUUUGGGUCCGACAACACCAGACCAAGAAUCUGGAACCACGAAACCCCCUAAAAAUAAGCCGGUCUUUGGUAUAAUUCAUAGUUGCUCAUGUAGAGAAUUAUAUGCAGUCAAGGACCAAACAGGUUGCAUUUGGGAGGGCGAACAGGCCAGUUCCCAGGUGGGCAAAGUCAGGGCAUUGUAG